GUGAGUGCAAUUUUUCUUGCAGUUAAAGGCAGGGUAAUUAAACGAAGUGUUGGUAAUGACACAUUACUUGCAAAACUGCAAGAUAUCGAGCGAAUACUUGGUGAGUAAAGUAAAUAACUCUCUAUUUUUCUCCCCGAAGUUAGAGAUAGCUUUCACGAACUGAGAGUGAGAUUCUGGUCAAUUUUUCUUCCAGUCUCUUCUAUCAAACAACAGUACUGGUACUUAUUUUCGCCGAUCACUUUAAAAAUUUAUAAUCUGGCGUUUUUUCGCCUUAGAAAAUCCUCGUCAAAUUUAAAUACGCGAAAUUCAAUGACCAAAUUGUCCAUAGAAUAUUGAAAUCACAGAAAAGAUGAUAAAACAUAAUUAUAAUUAUAACAGCAUAUACACAGUACAAUAUAAUUAUGUUUGAAAAAUACACGAAUAAUCAACUGACUUAUAGUAAGUUCCGUUUUGUAUCUUCUGUAAAAGAGGGUGUUACUUUAUUAAUAUUCGCAUAUGGAGAAGAAAAUCUAGCUAGUAUCCGGCCGAAUGACGAUACAGUUUAUCUACAAAUUUAGAAUGUCAGAAAUGUUGAAAAACAAAAUUAAGUUGAGAAUACUUGAAUCGCGAAAUUUAAUGUCUUUUUUCAUAUGCCAUUAAUUACUGAAAUCGCGAAAACUGGAGAGAUAAGACCCCGCGAAAAACUGCCACGAAUGUAACAACGAAAUUAACUACCAAUUAGGUUUUAACUUGCAGUGAAAAACGUCCUGCUUUUCUUUCAGGUGUUCCUUGUCCACAGGGCUGGGUGCGAUUUAAUGGAUACUGCUAUCUUGUCAGUAACUCUAUCCAGACAUGGCAACAUGCCCAGACAUACUGCAAAGAACUGGGAGGAAAUCUGGUGAAAAUCAACAGCCAGAAAGAAAACGAGUUUGUACUAAACCUGGUAAACAAGCUCGCCCCAUCGCUGAAGCAGAUUUGGAUCGGACUCGAGUGGGACUCUCGCCUGAACGCGUUCGUGUGGUACGAUCAUUCAGUUCCUACCUUCACCAAAUGGGCCCCACCAGAACCAAAUGGAAAUGGUGCGGAGCCUUGUGGCAACAUGUGGACUGGUCACGCAGGGAUUUCUUAUUUGGCAUCUGGCGACUGGAAUGAUCUCAUUUGUUGGCAUCCUGGUUUACCCUGUGGUCUUGUCUGCAAGAGGCUGCCCUAG